UACCGCUGUCAUCGUGGACAACGUCCAGGUUCUUGAGCACAUUGCGCCGUUUUCUCGAAGCUUCUUCGGUGAAAGACACUGUCAAGUUUGCAGUUGUCCUUUGGCCUCCAGCCGGUAAAGGCCAGGAACGAAGUACUGACUGGAAGACCAGCAGCACGUGCUCCAAAUGGUUUUCUCUGUACUCGUUUGAAGAAGUUUCGGCGGCUGGGAGUGCAAGCAGGCUCACUCAUGAUGCUCUGUCGCGCUCAGCGCCUCGUCAAGCGUCCAGACCUGAUAACGUGGCAACAUUGGUGUACACUUCUGGGACGACCGGGAAUCCCAAGGGCGUGAUGCUCACGCACAGCAACCUGAUGCAUCAGGUCAAAAACUUUGAAUGUGCCCUAACGCCUGACGCUGGUGAUGUCAUGUUGAGCCUGCUACCCCCAUGGCACAUGUACGAGCGCUCAUGCGAGUACUUUCUACUGAGCCGUGGGGUCCAAAUCAUCUACAGCAAUGUCAAGUCAUUCAAGGAAGACUUGAUCAAACACCCUCCGGACUACUUGUGGCUGUUCCACUUGUCUUUGAGGUUCUAUACAG